GCGUAGUCCUCCCGCAUCGCUCUGUAGCCCUUACGGACCGGCCAUGCGCGCCGCGGAGCAUAAAAAAACCGAUCCAAAAGGCGGAGAAAGCUAAUGGGAGCAUACAUUCCCGUUGACACAACGAAUCUCUGCCCCCGCACUCUCUGUUAUCUCCCUGUCUUUUCCGUCUCACAAACACAAGACCAAAUAUUCUUCUCCCCGUGCACUCGCCGCCGAUGCGCCAGCCAUCCACGAUGCGCCAGCCAUCCACUAGCAGCAACGGCGAGAGAAUGCGAUUGUUAAUGGAAGGGGGGGUUAAUCGCUCGCUUGCUCGUCGUUGCUUUUGCGCGGAGGAGAAGGGGAGGAGGGAGCGAGAUGCCGUGGCGCCCACCCUUGUCUCGCUUCACCCUCAAUCCUUUCCUUUCCGUCACGGCCAACUCCUCGCCACCACCCCAGCCCCCACUUUAUUCUUAAGAACCCUCUCCUCCUCCGUCCAUUGCAGCUCUUGCAUCUCCUCCUCCUCCUCCCCUGCUCCUCGUUGACAUCGCGAUCGCCAUCGUUGAUCCUGCGAGGCUCUUUCGUUCGUUCUUUUCUUUUUGUUUGUUUCAGUGGCCUCUCUGUGCGUGUAUAUAUAUAUAUGCUGGAUUGGCGCCGCUGCGACAGCGGCUCUUGCAUAGAUGGCGCACUCCUCGCGGGCUUGUAACCACUGCAGUCACGAGAGGAGGUCCAGCUUCAUGAAGUGGCUCUGCGCUUUCUUGAAGGGGACGAAGCCCGGGGUGCCGAGCUGUCGGUGGCCCCGGCUGACGGCCGGAGAAGAGAGCACGCUUUGGCAAGAACCAACUAGACCGAAGGCUAAUCCACCUAGACAUGACAAUGAAGAAUUGGACCGUGCAAUUGCACAGUCUCUUGCAGAGGAUGACAAAAACCCCAAAGAGCCAAAUCAUAAAGGAGACAAUAAUGAUGAAGACCUUGCUAGAGCCAUACAGGACAGUCUCAACAUGAACCCUUACACGCCUUACAAUCCUUAUGCCCCUUCUCAGGCCCAGCUCAGAGGACACAGGGUCUGUGGACAUUGCAAGCAUGAGAUAGGACAUGGCCAUUACUUGAGCUGCAUGGGGAUGUAUUGGCAUCCUCAGUGCUUCCGCUGCAGCUCUUGUGGCCACGCUAUCCGUGAGACCGAGUUCACUUUGCUAGGUGCAGACCCGUACCACAAGUUGUGCUACAAGGAGCUGCAUCACCCAAAAUGUGAUGUCUGCCUUCACUUUAUUCCAACGAACAGGGACGGCUUGAUCGAGUACAGAGCCCAUCCAUUCUGGGGCCAGAAGUAUUGCCCUUUGCACGAGCAUGACAGCACACCGCGGUGCUGUAGCUGCGAGAAAAUGGAGCCAAGGAACACAAACUAUAUGUCGUUGGGAGAUGGCCGCAGCUUGUGCAUGGAAUGCCUGGGUUCUGCGGUCAUGGACACUGGUGAAUGCCAACCCCUGUAUCAUUCUAUCAGAGACUACUACGAAGGGAUGAACAUGAAACUAGACCAGCAGAUACCCAUGCUCUUGGUUGAACGACAAGCGCUUAACGAAGCCAUGGAAGGAGAGAGCAAAGGUCCUCACCAUGUGCCUGAAACAAGAGGCCUCUGUCUGUCGGAGGAGCAGACUGUGAGAAAUAUAUAUAGGAGGCCCAGAAUUGGUGAUAACAGGUUACUUGGCAUGAGAACUCAGCACCAAAAGCUGACUCGGAGAUGUGAAGUCACUGCAAUACUUGUCCUAUAUGGCCUCCCAAGGCUACUAACAGGCUCCAUUCUUGCCCAUGAAUUGAUGCACGGAUGGUUACGCCUCAAACGUUACCGGAACCUAAACGCGGAGGUUGAGGAAGGCAUAUGCCAGGUCAUGUCUUACUUGUGGUUGGAAUCGGAGAUUCUUCCAGCUUCCUCAUGGCAUGCGCAACCGUCGUCAUCUUACGCUUCGUCUUCCUCUUCCUCUCGUUCUUAUCCACCGACAUCGUUCAAGAAAGGCGGAAUAUCUCAUACCGAGAAGAAGCUCGGCGAGUUCUUCAUGCACCAGAUUGCCAAUGACACAUCGACAGCGUACGGUGACGGUUUUAGGACUGCGUAUGCAGCUGUCAACAAGUACGGCCUUAGCCAAACACUGAAACAUAUAAGCCUAACAGGAGGCUUCCCUGUAUAAGAGAAAAAAGAGAGAAUACUAUGGCCAUGCCGGAUGCAGAACACAAAGAUCAUAUGGAGAUCAAAGGGGGUAUACAUAUACAUACAGAGAUCAGGUGGGCAAUGGAAUAGGGGUUCGGAUUUCUGUGACCUUGAGUUUUCAAAGGGGUCCUGUCAGAGUAAAUCAGAAAAGGAACUGUAUUUGCUCGAAUUAAUUGGAGUCGGCGAUGCCUAAGUGUAAUAAGAUUGCACAAAAGUACUACUGUAAUACACAGUAUCACUCCUACUAAUAUAAUGUAGUAGAUAUUUAUAUGUGUGUACACAUUUAGUUAUUUGCUUUUGAUCCGCAUAUAAGCAAGGGCAUCUUUAAAGUCAAAAUGCAGAGAGAGAAAAGGUACCGUCAGCAGAAUUACAGCCUUACACGAGACCUCACCAAGACACCAACUUACCCAUUAUCACCAAACAGCACUUUUCCAUGAUUCUCCAUACAGCCAACUAGAAAGUAGCGCAUCGUUGGCACGCCGUAUGGCCUGUCGCCGAGGAUGACCAGUGAUAGGUAUAAGGCAGUGCUAUGUUUUUUACUCGAAGGCAUUAUGACCUCAAAGUAACAUACUUUCCUUCAUAUAUAUGUGGACAUCAGGUGACAAAAAUACAUCUCUUUUACUUGAA